AUGGAAGCUGCCAGAGCCCGACAACUUGACCCAAUGAAUAUAACCUUUGAUGCCUUGGGUAUGCAAUACGUUAUCGAAGGUUGGAGUACCAUGCUAUGGGCCAGGGCGGAUGGGAUUCCGACACGAUGUGGCAUAGAGCCCGAUCCUUUUGGUCCUCUUGCAAAAGGCACACGGCCUGUUACUGAAAAGCACAUCCUGGCCGAUAGACAGGUUGUGGUCAUGGCAAUACUUAGAUGGGGACUAGGAUAUGGUGUUGAUACGCUCGUCCGCCCCAAGGAAAACCGUAUGAUAUGCAUUCCCAAAUCAUCCUGGGAGCCGCAGUUAGAGAAAAGCUCUACAAGAGCUGCGUGACGAGGCAGGCGAUGUGGCAUCCAAACCUCUCAGCUGGCUCGCGUGCCAGAAACGCCGCGCCAUCAGCGAGCAGAGUACGGGGGUUCAGCACGAAGCGUACUAUGCCAAAGUACGUUCAUCCAAGCUUGGUCUGCCGAUUGUCAUGUUUGGAGAUGGAGGCAUGGUGCAGCUCGGGUCCUCCAACUGGUCAAAGGUGGGAUUAUUCGAUUUAAGAUGCGUCCGUACCUUGUAG